AUGCGGUUUCCAAGUGAUCACAGGGGGCAAGCUGGGCGCCGGUGCCGUUGCCACUUGCCUAUAUAUAGAGCUCUUCGGAAUACUUUCCUUCGAUGCGACUCGGUGAGUUGGGCGGGGACGAACCACGGCACCGCCCGAGGACGAGAACGACGAGGAGGAGGUGCGGAGGCGUCCCUCGCCGGAGACUACAAGAAGGAAGCUUCAUCCUUGUCUAUUAUGGUGCAUAAUGAUUCCUCCAUAGGCCUCGCUCAACUUAUAUUGGAUGUAGUUUUUGUUGUCAAAUCACUGGACUUGUGGAUGACAAAUUAGGACUUCCGCAGAGAAUUUUGAUGAGUUGCUGCUAUAGGAAUCUUUUGCUGUCUUGCUCUUGAGCAGCGGCAUGUUUAUUAAUUGAAGCUGAAGGAUGUAGCACUGUAUUUUAUUCUCUCCAGCAGUUCUUGAUGUUGCAGAAUCUAUAUUUUCUUUAGAGCACAUUUUAAGUGGGCUUCCAAUAUCUUAUAGUGUCACUUUAGUAAUUUAGACUGUGAUCAAAUUAUAUGAUUGAAAUAUUUAUUAUUAAUAUAUCAUUCAGGGAUAAGGUUGUUCAUCAUAUUUGUGGUACCUAUGGGUAUAUGUUUCCCUUUUAUGUUAUUUCGAAAUGUUAUCUACUGCUUAAUAGGAAUGUUUACUACACUAUGCUUUUAAAUAAAUACAGAAAAUGAGAUAGAUAUUGUAAAAUUUUUAAAGACAUCAUAUAUAUAUAUAUAUUCAUAAAUAAAUGGAUAAAAGGCCAUUACCCAAGACUUGAACCCAUGCCGUUGCACUUGCCAUCCCAAGCCUUUUACCAUUGCACCAAGCAGUGGCCCUUUCAUGUGUGUAUAUAUAUGUUUAAAAAUAUAAAUUAUAAUGUAUAGUAUGAGGGAUUUUAGGCAGCUGUGCCUCGCUUCCUACACCCAUAUGCCAUGCUCUGUGAUUGGGGAGGAAAACUAACAAAACAGUACCUAAAAGAGAAAAAUAGAAAUCAUAUUCUACCUAUUGCUUGUUUUCCUCUUUAUUCCUUUCUGACUUAAACGAAUCUCUGAAAUUCUGCUAGCUUAGUCUCUCUUUAUUUAUUUAUUUUUUGCCAAACUACCCUCUCCUCUUAGUUCCUACCAUCACAUCCUUGUUUCAGCCCAUUCUCUUCUCUCUUCAACUUUCUUUGCAUUGCAGCCCCAUAUCCAUUUCAAAGAUAAUGAGGCUUCUUUGUGCUCAAAAUUGGAGGCAACAAAGUGAAAUUAACAACACUGCUUUGGGUUGGUUCUCUGCCAACCCUAGAUGGGAUCUUCUUAAGGUCUUUAUGUUAGCUCUGAGCAAAAAUGAUACCAUAUGUCCUAAUUCAAUGCUAUUAGCAAGAAUGAGGAUCAAAUUUUGAAUAUCAAAAUCAUAGGGGAUGGGCCAAAGUCAUAAUUGUAACUAAGCCACCUAUAAGAGGAGAAAGGGGGAUUAUGACUUGUACUUAGGAGGGAAAAGGGAGUGGAAAGGGGUUUUCAGGGACAGUACUGGAACCACAUUUGUUGGUUUCUAGUCUUGUCAAAAGAGCUGCCCAAGUGUUAAGAGAGGCUCAACUGCUUAGGUGGUGGUUGAGUGUACUCUCUUAUAUUGAAUAAUAUAUAUACUCCAUUUCUAUUUUAUAUUUUCUCACUUCAUUUUUUUAUCACUGAAAUAAUCUUAUUACAAUUAUCACUGAAAUAAUCUUAAGUAUAUUAUAAAUGAAAAUAACAUUACCGAGAAAUGAUUAACUUUGAUUAUUCCCCCAUCUCUUGAUUACUCAUU